AUAACCCAGCGACCUUGAGAAAGAAAUUAUAUAAAUGCAUUUGAUUCGCUCAAUUUUUAGUUAACCAUAAGUGAGUCGUUCAAUAAGUACUAAGUGAUCCCACGAACAUGAAGACGUAUAUUGUUUUAAGCUUUCUGUGCUGUGUAUUUGCAGCGUUAUCUUCUUCAGCGGUCUUACCCACUCCAUCGUCGCCUCUAUUAAAGACACCAGCCUUACCAACAUUUCGUGCACCGAAACCUCCACCGAAACCACCCUCAUCAACAAAUCGUAUACCGAAACCUCCUCCGAAGUCAUCAAAUCAACCGCAACCGCAAGUUCCUCCAAAGACAUCAACGCAACCGAAACCCCAACCCCAACCACAACCGCAACCGCAACCACAACCGGAACCUCCUGCAACAUAUACAUCACCGCCAUCCUCAACAGCAUUCCCUACACCAAGAUAUCCUCUGAUACUUCUAACUACGCCACCUUCAUUGAAGUUUCUUACACCCAGAUCACCUCCGCUUACAUCCUCACCGGCAAUUCCUACACCCCGGCCACAUCCAAUGUCUACAUCCUCCCCGACAAUUCCUACACCGAGGCCACCUCCAGCGUCUACAUCUACCCCAGCAAUUCCUACACCGAGACCACCUCCAUCUUCUGAAUUAGCCGUUGGCACAACAACAGAAUUCAAAUGUCAAAUGGCCGGUCGAUUUCCUGAUCCAUAUGAUUGCCAAUACUUCUAUGAUUGUAAUAGUAGCGGUACAUAUACCCGGGAAGGAUGUGGUCCUCGUGAACGAUAUUCGGUUGUUAUGCAAACGUGUGCAUUAGACUCCAAUGUAGUUUGCUAUAAUCCGGCUUUUAAAUGCACAACUGCCGGUGAUAAGGGCGCAUGGCCCACUGAUCCACGUAUAUUCUACGUCUGUGAAGUGAGUGGCACUAGUGGCAAAUUAAUGCCAUUACUAUUUAAAUGCCCUGAAGGAUCGAUAUUCAGUGGCAACGUUUGCUUCUUUCUGUGCUGUGUAUUUGCUACUGAUGCUCAGUCCUGUAAUGGUAAAUCUUUUAUGUUUUGCACUGCCGAUGGUAAUGUGGGUGUUUGCAAAGGACUAGUCGAACAAGUAAUAAUAAAAUGUGCGUCUGGUUCACGUUGCCUUCCACUAUUACCAUAUCUGGGUUGUCAACGUGACACAUCAUUGCCAUCGCCAUCGCCAUCGCCUUCGCCAUCAUCCAACAACGUUGGCACUUGUGUAAAUCAUCAAUUAAUAGACAUACACUUGGUGGAUUGCGCCUCAUAUGGCAAAUGUCUCCUGUUUACCGCAUGCACAACCACUUUGACACAGGCGUGGUUUCUACGACCUAACCAUGGCUCAAAUGGUUUUGCCGCUAGCACAACAACCGAAUUCAAAUGUCAAACGGUCGGUCGCUUUCCCGAUCCAUAUGAUUGUCGAAACUUCUAUGAUUGCAAUAGUAGCGGUACAUAUACCCGUUAUAGAUGUGGUCCACGUAAACGAUAUUCGGUUAAUCUGCAGUCGUGUGCAUUCGCCUCCAAUGUAGUUUGCUAUAAUCCGGCUUUUAGAUGCACAACUGCCGGUGAUAAGGGCGCAUGGCCCGGUGACACACGUAUAUUCUAUGUCUGUGAAGUGAGUGGCACUAGUGGAAAAUUAAUACCAUUACUAUUUAAAUGCCCUGAAGGAUCGAUUUUCAGUGGCGCAGUUUGCUUGUGA